GUCCAACUAACUUUCUGUAUUUUUCUUUUUCAACAUUCUUCGUCGUCCAAACUCCAAACCUUCCCUUGAAUAGAAAGAGAGAGACAGGGGAAAAUCCUUGUUUGGAAAGCAAUCGAACGGAAGCCAUGCCUGAAAUUCCCAUUGCAAGAUCGCUUCGACUUCUCGUUUUCUUAUCUUCAUUCCUUCUUUACUGUUUUACAGGUUUUUCAGACAACCCGCCAAAUGCCAAAAAUGACAGCACAGAGGGUUCAAAGAAAACUCACAGCGGUGGUACUGGGACCAAGGUUGCUAUCAUAUGCAUUGCUGUUGCAACUGUAGUGCUGUUUUCUUUUUUCCUCUUCAAGCUAUGGCAAAAAAAGAAACGAGAAGAACAAUAUGCCCGCCUUCUAAAGUUGUUCGAAGAGGAUGAUGAGCUCGAGGUGGAACUGGGUCUCAGAGAUUGAGUUCGCAUUCUAUCACUCGGGGAGUCCAAGGUGUAUGCUUUUGGCUUUUGAAUCUAAACAAUAGUUCCUUUUAGGAUAAGGAUAUGCUUUUUCGUGAUCGUUGGUGCUGUCUUCCAAGUGCUUCUCCGUUUCCUCGUAAAUUGUUGUAUUUGUGAGCAGAAUUGAACCUAUAAUUAUAAGCCAACUGAUUACUUUGGCUACUAUACAUAAUAGAAGCGUCAUGUAAAUGCUUUUGGUUCACAAUUUUGUAAAGAUCUUUGGACAUGAUAAACUCAUGUAAGAAGUAAAAUUCAUGCAAGUUAGUUGAAUUUUCGUUAUCA